ACGUGGGCAGAAAUGGCAGGAGGUGGAAAGAAGAAAUCAGCCGGUCCGCCGUCUCGAGUAUGGGGGACACUGCGCACAUUAUGGCAGGAGAAGCACCUGAUAUUGUUCAAAGCGGAGUAUACGUUCCUGGUAGCUGCAGUAUUAUGGUGCUUAGAAAUCGUGAUCAAUGUUUGGGUCAUACAGAAAGUAGCAUACACAGAGAUCGACUGGAAAGCUUACAUGGACGAAGUGGAAGGCGUCAUCAACGGCACAUACGACUACACCCAGCUGAAGGGAGACACGGGGCCGCUGGUGUACCCGGCUGGUUUCGUGUACAUCUUCACAGCGCUCUACUACGUCACUGACCACGGGGUGAACAUUCGGACGGGGCAGUACCUCUUCGCUGCCUUCUACCUCGUCAAUCUGCUUCUGGUCUUCCGUAUUUACCACCGUACCCAGAAGGUUCCCCCCUACGUGUUUUUCUUCGUGUGCUGUGCCUCGUACCGCAUCCACUCCAUCUUCGUCUUACGGCUCUUCAAUGACCCUGUCGCUAUGAUGCUGCUGUUCGGAGCGGUCAACCUCUUCCUGGACAGGCGCUGGAUGCUGGGCUGCGCACUCUACAGUUUAGCAGUGUCUGUGAAGAUGAACGUGCUUCUCUUCGCCCCCGGUCUCCUCUUCGUCCUUCUGUGGGAGCUCGGCCUGCUGAAAACCCUGCCCAAGCUCUCCCUCUGUGCGGUCAUACAGCUGUUGCUAGGUCUGCCCUUUCUCAUGGAGAACCCCGUGGGCUAUGUCAGCCGGGCCUUUGACCUGGGCCGCCAGUUCCUCUUCAAGUGGACGGUGAACUGGCGCUUCCUCCCCGAGGAGGUCUUCCUGAGCCGCUACUUCCACCUCGCCCUGCUGGGGGCGCACCUGCUCACCCUGCUGCUCUUUGCAUUCCGACGGUGGAAGAGGCCUGAAGAGAGCAUUAUGGUACUACUGAAGGACCCAGCUAAGAGGGUUCAGCCCCUGCCGAAACUUAGCGUUGAUCAGAUCGUCUUGAUUCUGUUCACCUCCAACUUCAUCGGCAUGUGCUUCAGCCGCUCGCUGCACUACCAGUUCUACGUGUGGUACUUCCACACCCUGCCCUACCUGCUGUGGAGCGGGGGGGUGAAGAAGCUGGCUCACCUGCUCAGGGUCCUGAUUUUGGGCCUCAUCGAGCUGUCGUGGAACACCUACCCCUCCACUGUGUACAGCUCGGUCGCCCUGCAUGUCUGCCACCUCAUCAUCCUGUUCUCGCUGUGGCUGUCCCCCGCAGCCUCCGGCCACCAGGGCGGCGACAAAGGGCACGAGGACAAGCCCAAGCGCCAGUGACCAGGCCUCGACCACCCGGCCAGGACACGCGUCCGUCUCCACCCUGCUGUCUCUCGCCUCCCCCCCUUCUUCCGCGGGCGGGACGGUGAAAGGGCGAAGGGGUGGGGAUCAGUCUUAAAUACCAGCAGCUCGGCCCCUCCCCCCACCCAAGCGUGGCCAUGCCCAUAAGCUCCUCCCACACCAUGGGAGACAGACAGCUUCCAUCUUAAGGGUGGGUGGUAAAAACAAAAAAAGUAUUUGCAGUGAAUUUCAUGUAGUCUCACCAGGUGGAAUCCCCCUCCAUGCUAUCCGUCUCAGUAAAACCUCUCAGGUCUUGGAAAAGAACAUAAACUUAUGAAAAAGUUGUAAAAUGUGAUGACGAAUGUUACACUGUGUUACAGACUUAAAGGAAACGAUUUAAGGAAAAGUUUUUUUAUUAUUAUUAUUAUUUCAAGUUUUUCUCCUACCCUCUGACGCCCCUUUCGUUGGACUUGCAUUUCCGAUGGUGGACCAGGUUGGCUUGGACUUGAACGAGAUGUUCAGGCGUAAUAAGCCCAAAGCUAUCGUGGCACUGCAACUUCCAUGCGUGUGCUUCAUGAAAGAUGACCUGUGACGUUUCGUUGACCUAAAGCUGACCUUAAGUUUUUAAGACGACCCUGUCUAGUAAGCUACCUUCAAGCGCGGUCAUCUCACGCUGUCAAAAUUCAUACAUACCAAAAAAUAAAACAUCUAAAUAAUGCGUGCUUUGAUAAAUACAUUCGAAAGAUUAGACAGCAGUUAGGCAGUAAAAACACAUACUGUACUAUCAGUCCUCAAAUGGCUUUACAUUAUUGUAUGAACGGUGUGAUAUCACUGAAUCAGCAGGUACUCCAAACUUUCAAACACUUGAACUUCGGGACCCUUCAGGGUUAAGUAUCUGAGCAGUGUUCAGUGCUAAUUGCAAAUGAAUAAAUGAAGUGUUCAGGGUAGAGAUGUAUUUUGUUGUUUUUU